UUGGCCUGAUUGAAUAAUUACAGGGCUAUCAAGGAUGGAAAAAAAAAUUUGAGGGCAGUCCAGCAGCUGUUUAGCAGGUCAGUCCUCAGCAAGAUCCCACAGUGAUGAGCAGUUUCUCAAUGGCUCUGUGCUACAUCCUGGCUGUCUUCGCCCUCCUGGUUACGGUGGUCGAAUGUUGGCACGACUUGGAUAAUACAGAAUAUGACUGCUGGCCGAUAACUGAUCCGAAUGAUUACAACAUGAUCAGCUGUGGUGGGCUGGAGAUGGCCUGGGUGCAGCGUCCUCCAGAGAAAGUCACAGACGGGGAAGAGUUUAAUGUGACAUAUUCUGUCACAGCUUUGAAUUCCUUUUAUGAAUAUGCCGUCAGAAACAGGAUCCUCCACUUCAGGAACGCUUCAGAAGCUAAACGAUUUUGCUUCGAACACGAAUGCCCUUCAAACUGGAACAGCGCCAACGAGCACAACUGCUGCGUGUAUCACGCCAACAUCCACUCUUGUCCCCUUGCACUUAUGAGAGGCAGAGGGAUUUGUGGUCCUUGGAUCCCAGACGACGGCAAGAUUGUUACUCAUACUGUUUCGAAAGCAGGCAAGAUGAGUCAGCUACUCUGGACCUCCAAGGUGGUCCUUGUGCACUUGGGAGUCACAUCAGUAAUUGCGCAUAUCAAGAUAGGACAGAUGCAUGCUGCCCUGGAAUCCAAGGUGCUUGUGGUUAGCGCACAAGUGUGUGGAGAUGACAUCUGUGAGUUAGACGAGAGCUGUUUGACCUGCCCUGCAGACUGUGGUGUCUGUCCAAUGGCUACAUCCGUCAAGGUCUCCAUCGGACUACCAGUUGCCCUGAUUUGUACGGGCUUUAUAUUAACUGUAGUGUGGCUGCAGUAUCAGAAGCAGAAGAUGUUUUGGGAUGAGAGUUGGAUAAUCAAUUAUAGUAACAUAAUGUUUGGUAAAGCAUGCUACAUGGGUUUCUGUAGCAUGACGAGUCUACAGCCGGUGAUGAGCAACUCCAGCAUCAGCCGGGCCACGGAUGUUACCGUAUGCACAGUGGUGGAAACCAGCUUCAAGCCAGGUUUCAUCCAGCCGGGAAUCUAUGACGGAAAGACGGUGGCUGUAAAACACAUCCAGAAGAAGCAUUUCUCGCUCUCCAAAACAAUCAGGAAAGAAGUGAAAGAAGUAAGGGAACUGGAUCAUCCAAAUCUGGCUAAAUUUAUCGGAGGCUCCAUCGAAGUCCCCUAUAUUUGCAUCAUUACCGAAUAUUGUCCCAAAGGCAGCCUGGCAGACGUUCUUUUAAACGAAGACAUCCCUAUCAACUGGGGCUUUCGCUUAUCAUUUGCCAGUGAUAUCGCCCGUGGGAUGGCUUAUCUCCACCAACACAAAAUGUACCAUGGACGACUUCAUUCCCGCAACUGCGUUGUUGAUGAUCGCUGGGUCUGCAAAAUAUCAGACUAUGGUUUGAUGGCCUAUAGAAAGGAGGACUUCGAAGUACUAAGUGAUACUUUCCAUUGUGGAGACCUGUGCCGCAUUUACUCUGCACCUGAAGUUCUGUUGGGUAAUGCUAGCGCCAGCAUUGCUGCAGCUGAUGUGUACAGUUAUUCCAUGAUUUUGGUGGAGAUUGCCACCCGCAGUGACCUUCUCUCACAGAAGGCCCAAAUUCACCCUGUGAAGCUUGAUAUUAUGUGGCGUCCACCUCUUCCUGAACUGAAAUCUGGAAAAUCAGACAACGAUUGUCCUAAUCAAGUGGAGUACUGUGAGUUAAUAAAGAAGUGCUGGUCCCACAACGCCACCAGCAGGCCGACGUUUGAGCAGGUAAAAAAGAUGCUGGAUAAAAUGAACCCGCACAAAGUCAGUCCCGUCGACAUGAUGAUGAACCUGAUGGAAAAAUACAGUAAGCAUUUGGAGGCCAUAGUCGCUGAGAGAACCCAAGAUCUUCUCCAGGAGAAACAGAAGACUGACCGCUUGCUUUACAGUAUGCUGCCGAAACCGGUGGCCGACGAUCUCAGACAAGGACGCACCGCGGAGGCCCAAAGCUACACUAACGCGACUGUAUAUUUCAGCGACAUUGUGGGUUUUACGCAGCUCUCAGGCUCCAGCACCCCUCACCAGGUCGUGGAUUUCCUCAACAAGCUGUACACCACGUUUGAUGAUAUCAUCGACAACUAUGACGUGUACAAAGUGGAAACAAUCGGAGAUGCUUAUAUGGUAGUGUCUGGUGUCCCGAAUGAGAAUGGCAUCAACCACGCAGGUGAAAUUGCCAGCAUGGCUUUGGAUUUGAUCAGCGUUUGCCAUGCUUUUAAAAUCCCACACAAGCCUAAGACCCAGCUGAAGAUACGAGCUGGCAUACACUCAGGGCCUGUAGUGGCUGGAGUGGUGGGCACCAAAAUGCCACGCUACUGUUUAUUUGGAGACACCGUGAACACUGCGUCCCGCAUGGAGUCCACCAGUGAAGCUUUAAAGAUUCAGUGUAGUGAAUCUACAGCUGAUCUGCUGCACACUAUAGGAGGAUAUGUGAUGGUCUGCCGUGGCUCUCUGAACGUGAAGGGCAAAGGAGAGAUGACAACAUGGUGGCUGGAAACAAAAAGAAGCCCCGCAGAUCUACUUCCUGAAGAAGAGCCACAAAAAGGGCCGGUCCCAGUCAGCAACUAACUCUAAACUCCAAGCAAACACAAGUUAUGUUUGUUAUGUAUGUGUUCGAUAAGUGUGUCAUUUAAUGUAGGUAUAUGUAUUCUGACCUGGUACUAUGAAGCUGUGAGAUGUCAGUGUGUUAGAAGUACAGUAAUCCCCCGCUUUACCGCGGUUCGAAUCUCGCGCCCACGGUUUAUAGCGGAAUUGCGUUUGGCACAUCAUUUAUUUGUUUGGCUGAUUUUUCCGGUCUCUCGCAGAUAGCACGAUAGAGUUUUAUGUUAAAAUAAUUAAAUGUAUUACUAUUAAUACUAUUAUUAAUUAUAAAAUGAAGUAAAAUGUUAAUACAGUACAGUACUGUAUACAUAAAAUAGCAUUUUUAGGGUGGCGUUUGUUUAUCACGGUUUUUCAUUUAUCGCGCACGGUUUCGGAACGUACCAACGCGAUAAACGGGGGAUUACUGUAAUUGUUACUCCAUAUUUUCUUGGAUUUUGUUAGAAACAUUGCUAGAAUAUUCUAUGAAAAGAAAUAUCCAUGGCUCACUCCUGAAUCAUUUAUGGCGUAUUGCAGUUGUCCUUAUACAGACCAACUUUACACAACUGAGCAGUUAAGGGUUGGGGCCUUGCUCAAGACAAGUGGCAGCCUGGUGGUGCUGGGAUUUAACCUUACAACCUUUUGAUCCGAAGACAAAUGUCUUAAACUACUACCAAUUCCCCAUAGGGCAUAAUGUUUUACAUGACCAUUUACAGUAUUUGACAGACAGUCUUAUCCAGAUCAACUUACAUGCAGCUGAGCAGUUGAAGCUUGGUGAUUCUGGGAUUUGACCUCACAACCUUCUGAUCAGAAGUACACUAUUGUAGCCUACUACCAAUUCCCCACAGGACAUGGUCUUUCACAUUAAAGUUCAGGGUUAAUUGCCUUGCUUAAGACAAGUGGCAGCUUGUUAAUGGUGGGAUUUGGCCUCACACCCUUCUAAUCAGAAGUCCAACAAUCCAACUUUCCACAGUGCAUUGUCUUGAGGGUUAAAGGCCCUGCUCAAGGUUGGUGCCUUGGUAAUACCUUGGUGGUCCUGGGAUUUGAACUUAUGACCGUCUUAUCCAAACCCCAAUAUCUUAACCUCUGUCCCUACCACCCACUUUAUUUCUAAAUUUAUUUAGCUCUAUCAAGAUCUCCACAAUCUCCCUACUAUUUGAACUACAGGAUCUAACAUUGGCUGGAAUUAUAACAUUGCCAUCAAACUGUCAUCAAACCUUCUUGCUUGUGGUAUAAUGACUGAUAUGUGAUUAACAUUGACUGGAAAAAUAGUACUCAGAAGGUCCUUGAUCAGGGUAGCAGGAAAAAUACAGGAACUGCCAUAAACUUGAUCAUAGUCUGUUUGUU